AUGGUACGCCUGACCAUAGAGCUGAUAGCAAAGUCCAGAUACAACUUUAAGAAAAAAAUAGGCCUCUCUUUCCAGGACUACCUAAGGACCCUCACGCACCUUCAUUUCUCUGGAUACAACAUUGAAGACAUCGGCGACCUCUCCGAAUGCCGCAACCUGAGCGUCCUCUACCUAUAUGACAACCGUGUCACGCACAUCCAUAACUUGGACUUUGCUCACAACAUGACUCAUCUGUACCUGCAGAACAACAACAUCACACGCAUUGACAACCUGUCCCAUCUGCGCAAACUCUACAAACUCUUCCUGGGAGGUAACAAGAUCUCAAUGGUGGAGGGCUUGGAGAACCUAGGCGAGCUGGAGGAGCUGCACGUGGAGAGUCAGAGGUUGCCCCCUGGGGAGAAGCUGCUUUUCGACCCCAAGACCCUGCGCUCCCUGGCCAAAACUCUGUGUGUCCUCAAUGUCAGUAACAACAACAUGGAUGAAAUCCGCGACCUGGCUGUGCUGAAGGAAAUCCAGCAUUUUUCCGCCUUUGACAACAAGCUGUACAACGUGCAGGAGCUUGAAGAUGUGUUGGGGUCCUGGCCUUUGCUCAUUCAAAUGGAUCUACGGGGAAAUCCUGCGUGUAAAACCGCCAAGUACAGAGACCGACUGAUCAUGGCGUGCAAAAGACUCCAGGUAUUAGAUGACCGCGACAUUAAGGAGGUGACCAGACAGUUUCUUGUCAACUGGAAAGCAUCCAAAGAAGCCAAGAAGAAGAAAAAGGAGACGAGAACGGCAGCAUGGGUCAGGUUGGACCUCCGCCGCAGCCUCACAUCUGCUGCCAUGCACGCGCAAGGCUGGAAGCAGCAGCAGCAGCAGCCGCCUCAAAGGGUGCAGCAGUUAAAAAGCUUCCUGCACAGACAGCCCAGCUACAUAACCGUCACAUCAGGCUCAUGUAAAAAAAAGAAAACAUUUCGAUGGAGGGACUAA